GGAGUUCUCUCUUUUCUCAAUUUAGAGCUCGACCGGGCUUGGAGGACGAUAACUCCAAGUUUCGUCUUUCCCAGGUCAAAAUCGACUUUCGUGCAUGUGUCGCUGACACCACGGUCAAAUGAAGAGACAGUUUCGUCUUCAAAGAUCCAUUCCAAGGCUGAAGAUGUAUCCUCUGCUCUCCGUCCGCUGCAGGCGUUCUGGGGUUGAACGCCUGGCUCGUGUGUUCUUCUUACCCGUGUUGCACUAAUUGCGUAGAGUCCAAGAAAAUACGAGAAAUGUCGGGUAGCGACUCGUGAAUUACAACUGGUUCCUUCGUGCACGGUGGGCAAUGGGUCGUUGCCCACAGAUGGAGUUUGACGAGUCAAAUAUCGGACAAGAGGCUCAGCCAGCAAGGCUAGCCACGAUGUCGACGGUAAUCGGCUGGCUGUGACCUGUCUAGCGCCAUUUGUGACAUCAAGACUUCAAGCGAUCGGGUUCUUUGUUCCAACUUAAAGCUGUCAACGACUCACAUCAAACUUUGCCGUUUCCGGCCUCCCUUCAACUCCAAGGCCAGGCAGUGAUUAAGGCUGCCCAUACGAUACAUGAUUGCGCUUUUGGGGUGCAGACAGGAAUUCCCGGCACACCUUUCUUAGCUAUGAGCGAUUAAUCCGGAAAUUCAGCUGUGGUUCACCCUCUCGUGCUUGGGCCAUUGAGUACGAGGAUACUCGGGGCCCGGCUUCUAUAGAAUAGUGAAGCAUUCGUUGUUGGAUUGAGAUAUAUGUCCCUAGGCCAAACCUACCGAUUCCCCUCUUUGAGGGAUAUUCCUGAUAUACCCUUUACUUCCUGUCUUUGAGUGGACCUAAAUUUUGGAGAUUUUAUUGCGUUUUUCGGGCCAAGAGACUUCUCUUCAUUGAUCCCUCUUUGCCUUUGUAUUAUUCUAGGAGCUGGUCCCAGAGGGGAAGUACACAGUCCCUCUUUUAUUCACGUUGACUUCUGAAGUUGGGAUCAAUCUUGCGUCGACGCAGAAAAGUGGUAUGGAGUUCUAUCGAUCAUCUGAGGAACUAGACCCAUCAUCAGACAGUGCAAAGGCUUACGCCUCGACAUCAUAUGAAGACCACCUUUCGCGUCGCGAGCUUUCGUUCGUGACAUCUCACAGGGAGCCUCUAAGUGCCGCGGAGCGUGCACGUAGGAAUAUAAAUGCAAAACUUGCAAAUCCACUGGCGGGUUUGAGCCAUGCUGCCUUAAGAGGCAGAGGGGAACGUUACGCCCGGAAACACCAGAUUGGAGAUGAGGAAGAUAUACGAGCAUUUGCAAUGGGUGCUGUUUUGGCUCAGGAUCCGAAACAUUAUGAAAAUAUGGAAGGAUUAACGGAGGAAGAACUGGAGGUUCUCCGACAUGAAUUCACGCAUAAAUGGUCGCAGCCGAAAUUGCUGUAUCUGGUUAUUGUGCUCUGUUCAGUAUCCGCAGCGGUUCAGGGAAUGGAUGAAUCCGUAGUUAAUGGGGCCCAAAUAUUCUACAAGGCGCAGUUUGGUAUCAACGACGAUGAUUAUCGUUCGACAUGGCUAUCAGGACUCACCAACUCCGCUCCUUACCUUUGCUGUGCCCUUAUCGGUUGCUGGCUUACUGUUCCAUUCAACCACGUAUUCGGCCGCCGUGGAACAAUUUUUAUCACCUGCUGCUUCUCUGCCAUUACCUGCUUUUGGCAAGGAUUUGUUAAUACCUGGUGGCACAUGUUUGUCGCCCGAUUCGCGCUGGGAUUCGGAAUCGGACCCAAGUCCGCAACAGUGCCCAUAUAUGCUGCUGAGACCACUCCACCUGCAAUUCGUGGCGCUUUAGUCAUGCAAUGGCAGAUGUGGACCGCAUUCGGUAUCAUGCUUGGUUAUGCUUCGGAUAUCAUCUUCUUCAAAGUUCCCGACCCACCCGGUGUAGUUGGCCUAGGAUGGCGAUUAAUGAUGGGCUCCGCAAUGUUUCCAGCAGUAUUGGUCUGUUUCAUGGUAUUUCUUUGCCCAGAGUCACCCCGCUGGUAUAUUUCAAAGGAUGCCCAUCACAAAGCAUACAUGUCUAUGUGUCGUUUGAGGUUCAAUAAAAUCCAAGCUGCGCGAGACUUAUUCUAUAUGCACACUCUGCUAGAGGCGGAGUCGACGAUGAAAUUGGGCCAGCCAAAAAUAGUCGAGCUUAUCACUGUGCCACGAAACCGGCGAGCAAUGCUUGCUUCAGAAAUUGUCAUGUUCAUGCAGCAGUUCUGCGGUGUCAAUGUCAUCGCUUACUACUCCUCUGAAGUCUUCCUCGAAGCUGGCUUUUCCCAGAUUUCGGCCCUUGCGGCAUCUCUGGGAUUCGGCAUGAUAAAUUGGCUAUUUGCGAUUCCGGCCGUUUACACAAUCGAUACCUUUGGUCGUCGCAAUUUACUGCUACUCACCUUUCCGCUGAUGGGGAUAUUCCUCCUCUUAACAGGAUUUUCAUUCUGGAUACCUUCCGAUACAGCCCCCCGAGCUCGUCUAGGCUGCGUGGCGUUGGGAAUAUACCUUUUCGGAAUCGUAUAUUCACCCGGUGAAGGUCCCGUCCCGUUUACAUAUUCCGCAGAAGCAUACCCGCUGUAUGUCCGCGCGUAUGGCAUGGCCCUCGCCACAUCAACGACAUGGUUCUUUAACUGGAUGCUUGCGAUCACCUGGCCUAGUCUCGUCCGCGCAUUCUCCCCGCAGGGCGCAUUUAGUUGGUACGCCGGAUGGAACAUUAUAGGCUUCGUUCUGAUUCUGUUAUUUUUACCGGAGACAAAGGGCAAGACACUUGAAGAGCUGGACCAAGUGUUUUCUGUUCCCACACACUUGCACGCCAAAUGGGCAUUGAAGCAUCUUGUCAGUGUCUUCAGGAGGUAUAUACUUUUCCAAAAGUAUGUGAAGGUCGAAGAAUUUGGAAAGGAGCAAGAGAAUCAAGCGAGAGGAAUGAGCAUGAGCACUGUUGAGCGGAGACUUGACAUCGAAUAACAAAGGCGAUGUCUCAUUGUCUCACUAGGACGUAGUUUAUUGGAAUGACGUUUGGGUGAAUGAAUGAUGUAUCUAUGUGAUGCCGAAUAGACCGAAUUUCAUGA